AUAGGAAAUAGCGCCCCCUUCACUUCCGGAGUGCAAUGGUCCCAUUUCAAAAUAAGUUAUGAGAUUGACAGUGGUCCGUCUCCGCCCCUUUCUGUUUGCUGCAGCGAGGUCCUUCUCGCUCAGUUAGGCAGCUUCUUCCUGGCUGCUGCAGCUACGUCACAGAACCUUGCUUUGGCAACACUAAUAGCCGUCCUCCCAGGACAAUAUUAAGGAACCAAAAAUAAAAGCAGUAUAAAACAGAAAUACCCUUGCUGCAAUGCAAAGGCGAUAAGAAAAAUGAAAUAAGAAAUGAAAUAAGAAAAAUGAAAAAUAAAUAAAUAAAUAAAAUUAACUCAGCUACAUUUCCUGAUUUUCUUCAGAGUAAAACAGACGCAGCAUUUAGGACAGUUUAUUGUUCAUUAUUAAGUUUUUUUCCCCUAAAAUGUGCAGAGAUUAAUGUUUCUGACAGACUCAGAAUGAAAACCACGUUUGUUUUGAGUGAAGCAGGAAGCUCCGCCCCCAACAUCUACUGCCUGAACUGAAACAGGAAGCUGGGUGGGAAUUCUUUCUACUGAUCUGUUCAGAUCUCUGGAGAGAAGAAUAAAAAUGUGCGCUUUAGAGCAGGUUUUAUUCUGGACUUUGGGGUGAAACACACCUCAGUCGGAGCUGAACUAAAGCAGGAAACGGUUUGUGAUCGUUGUUUCCUGCAUAGAGACUCCCAGACGAUCAGAUUCACCUUCAGACCAAACUAGCAGCUUCCUCUGAGUGAGUCCAGCUGCAGGAGAGAAAAGUGGAAACAUCCAACUCUGCUGCUUCAAGCUGCUCACUCUGAAGCUUCACUCAGAGACAAAAUGGCUUCCAUGUUAGAGGAGGAUCUCUGCUGUCCAGUCUGUCAGGAAGUCUUUAAGAAUCCGCUUGUUCUGUCAUGUAGCCACAGCUUCUGUAAGGAGUGUCUGAAGAACUGGUGGAGAGAGAAACCAUCAAGAGAGUGUCCAGUUUGUAAGAGGAGAUCUUCUAAGGCUGAUCCACCUUUAAAUCUGGUUCUGAAUAAUCUGUGUGAGACUUUCUUACAGCAGAGAGAGCAGAGACUUUCAGAGGAUCUCUGCUGUCCAGUCUGUAAAAAAGUAUUUAAGGAUCCCGUUGUUCUGUCAUGUAGCCACAGCUUAUGUAAGGAGUGUCUGAAGAGCUGGUGGAGAGAGAAACCAUCAAGAGAGUGUCCAGUUUGUAAUAGGAAAUCUCCAAAGGCUAAUCCGCCCAUAAGUCUGGUUCUAAGGAACCUUUGUGAGACUUUCUUACAGCAGAAAAAUCAGAAACUUUCAGAGGGUCUCUGCAGUCUGCACUCAAAGAAACUCAAAAUCUUCUGUCUGGACCAUCAAGAACUGCUGUGCUCAAUCUGUAGAGAUUCAGAAAAACACAUCAACCACAGAUUUAGACCAAUCCGGGAAGCUGCUCGGGAUCACAGAGAGAAUCUGAAAAUAUCUCUGGAGUUUUUAAAGAAGAAACUGGAGCUCAGAAAGAAAGUUAAAGAGAAGUUUGAUCAGACAGCAGAACACCUGAAGGUCCAGGCCCGAAACACAGAGAGGCAGAUUGUUGAGCAGUUUAAGAAGCUUCAUCAGUUUCUAGCAGAGGAAGAGGAGGCCAGGCUGGCUGCACUGAGGGAGGAAGAGGAGCAGAAGAGAGGGAUGAUGAAGGAGAAGAUAGAGGCUCUGAGCAGAGAGAUAGCAGCUCUUUCAGACACAGUCAGAGCCACAGAGGAGGAGCUGAGAGCUGCAGACGUCUCAUUCCUGCACAACUACAAGGCUGCAGUGGAAAGAGUCCAGCGCUGCCCCCUGCUGGAGGAUCCACAGCUGCCCUCAGGAGCUCUGAUAGACCAGGCCAAACAUCUGGGCAACCUGGCCUUCAACAUCUGGAGCAACAUGGAGAACAUGGUGACCUACACUCCUCUGGUUCUGGACCCAAACACUGCUCAUCCAGGACUCCACCUGUCUGAAGAUCUGACCAGUUUGACUCCAGGAGAGGAACAGCAGCUUCCUGAUAAUCCAGAGAGGUUUGAGGUCGAGUGGUCAGUCCUGAGCUCUGAGGGUUUUAACUCAGGGAACCACAGCUGGGAUGUUGAUGUUGGAGACAGUGAAGGAUGGAUGCUUGGUGUGAUAGAGUCUGUCCAGAGGAAGGGACUUUUAGAGUCUGGAUUCUUGGUUAUGUUGUUUAUUGAUGGUGAAUAUGAAGCAUAUUCUCCACCAGCUCAUCCCACGUUUAUCUCAGUCCAGAAGAAGAUCCAGAGGAUCAGAGUGAAUCUGGACUGGGACAGAGGAAAUCUAUCGUUUUCUGACCUGGAUGCUAACACACACAUACACACCUUCACACACACCUUCACUGACAAAGUGUUUCCAUACUUCAGCACUGCUGAAGUAAAACUCUUACCAAUGAAGAUCUCAGUAAUCAAACAGCAGCUCUGAGGUUUUCAGCAUGAAGAACAUCCAUCCAUCCAUCCAUCCAUUUUCUGUUCACCCUUUGUCCCUAAUGGGGUCAGGAGGGUUGCUGGUUCCUCUCCAGCUACGUUCCAGGCGAGAGGCGGGUUCACCCUGGACAGGUUGCCAGUCUGUCGCAGGGCAACACAGAGACAGACAGGACAAACAACCAUUCACACUCACACCUAGGGAGAAUUUAGAGAAACCAAUUAACCUGACAGUCAUGUUUUUGGACUGUCAGGGAGGAAGCCAGAGAGAACCCACACAUGCACAGGGAGAACAUGCAAACUCCGUGCAGAAAGACCCCGGGCCCGGACCCGGGCUACAGUGCUACCAACUGCGCCACUGUGCAGCCUGCAUGAAGAACAGAAAGUCCUAAUGAUUUCAGUUGUGAGAAAUUAUUUCUGAAAAUAUGUCUCCCUCUUCUCUCAUCUUGAGCCGGGUUCUACAGAAUCCAGACCUGAAUGUUGAAUGUUUGUGAUUUUCUAUUUAAUCUGGAAUGUGACUCCUUAACAAUAUAAAGGACAAUAGUGAAGUUUGAACUUUCCCUCAUUCUUUAAAGAGACAGUAAUCAUUGUGUAUGUAAACUUCUUGUCUCACAGACAUUCAUACAAUAUAUUUAAACAUUUGGUUGAAUGUUUAUCUUGGUAAACACUGCAUUAUGAGAAAUAUCUUACUUAAAAUACAUUUUAUGUCACGUAAAUAUGUAUUUUUUUUGUUGUUUUUUUUUUUUACCAAAGUGUUUCUAGAAAUUAAAAUAAAGUAACAGAUU